CACAGAUCGCUUUACCUUCUUCCUUCCUUCCUUCCUUUCUCCCCUGCCCUGCCCUUCCGCCUUCCCCAAAUUUCACCCCCACCAUAAAAUCACCCUUCUUCUUUGUCCCCCCACUUUUACUUUUACCAUUUCUCGCUUCCCCUCACUUACUCUCAGUACUUGUUGCUUGCUCUCUUUCUGCAUUCCCAACCCAACUCUCCUUCUCUCUAACUCUCUCCUUUUUGUCCUUCUUUUUCUACUUUACUAUUUUUAAAAUAAGUAGGAGGAGAAGAAGAAUGCAUGUUUCUCCAGUCGUUCGUUGUUGAAACAAGAAAGUAAAUAUCUUUCCUUCCAGAGAAGGAAAUGGCCACCGCCCCUGCAUCAGGUUGUUCUCCUCAGUCUUCCUCCGUCAAAUCGUUGCCGCCUCCGUGCCCCAAGUCGCCGCCGGACUACCCUGACUUGUAUGGCAAGCGCAGGGAAUUGGCUAAAGUUCAGAUGCUCGAGCGAGAAAUCAACUUCCUUGAGAUUGAGCGAUUUUGUGGUGGGGAACCCGGACCCUCUGAUACCAACGUAAGACCCACAGCAAACACCCAGUUUCCCUCUUUGUUAACCAGGAUAACGAUCUUCCCUACUAACUUGAACUUCUUUCUUCAUAAAGCAGAAACCGAAAGAAUAGAAGGUCAUGUCGAUUCUGGAAAUGGCUAUGUGGGAUCCCCUGUUUCAACUUCUCAUGGAUUUGUUGCUGCUGCUGCUCCGGAUUCUCUUGCCGUUGUCCGAAUUUGCCUCGCUGCUGCCUCUGCAAUCCCUGCCCUCGUACAUCCAAUUGCUGCUCCAGCCGUCACAGCGGCGGCAGCUGCUGUAAUAACUGCAACAGAUGCCUCCCGCCGCCGCCCAACAAGUGGUGCUGCUGCAGCUGCUUUUCCUCCGCCGCUUCCUGUGGCUGUCGUUUACCCAGCUUCAGAUGCUGUAAAAAGGACGGCAGCGGCGGUAACGAGGAGAGCAAUUCCUGCUGCUGCUGCCCAGAUUUGAGUUCUUGCUGUUGCGCUUUCAAGUUCCCUUCUUUUUCUUGCUGCUCGAAAAAUGGCUGCUGCUGCGACGGCCGCAAUUGCUCUGGUUGCUGCACAUGGAAAAAUGGGUGGUGCUGCUGUCCCAAGGUACGGCGCCCUCGUUGCAAAUGUACAAACAAUCCUUGUAACUGCCGCUGCAGUAAUCCAUGCUGCUGUUCAUUCUUCUGAUGAUUUCCCGAGAAAGAAAAAGAAAGUAGGAAUUUUAUAUAAUUGAUUAGUGGAAGGAAGCGCCCAUGUAACCUUUUAAUAUUUCUCUAUUGGGGGUUCUUUCCUGUGGAUAUUAUGCAUACUCUCAAUGUACAAUUAGUUAACUAAUAAGAUUGGGGUUAUUAAUGAUGAAUAUUGUUUGUGAUUGA